CCUCAAUGUUACAGUGAACAGGAUAUUAUGGGAAAUCAAAAUGUUGGGUAAACACAGGAAAUAGGUGUUUGUGAGGGCCAGGGAUCUACACUCCCCAGUAAGCCCUGCAAAAGUCCUGGGAUCCUGAGUGCCACCCAAGAAUGCAUGGUGCUGAUACUAGGUCUGCUUUUUGGUUUUCAGGUGAUACAUGCUUCCCAUCAGACAUAUCUUGGAAGAGGCAGUCCUUCCUGUGUGUGAGAAGAGGAAUGCUUCUUCCAAGAAGGCACCCAUGGAUGUGCUGCAUGUGUCACCCUGAAGCAGAAUGGUCCUUCUCAGACAAGGUGAUUUCAUAUGGUUGGAAUCUCCUUCAAGCAGUGAGUUUAGUGUGCCAAUUGGGGCUGUUGUCAAGAUUUCUGAGUCAGGUCGGUUUUUGGUGGAGGAUGAUGAAGGCAAGGAAUAUUGGAUCACAACUCGGAACAUUGGUACUGUGCGGCCAAUGCAUCCUGCCUCUGUCCAUGGAGUUGAAGAUAUGAUAUGCCUUGGAGACUUGAAUGAAGCUGGAAUGGUGCGUAAUCUCCUCAUCCGGUACAAGGAGCACAAAAUCUAUACAUACACUGGAUCAAUCUUAGUGGCCAUGAAUCCAUAUCAAGUGCUGCCACUGUAUACCACAGAACAAAUCAGACUGUACUGCAACAAGAGGAUUGGAGAACUGCCUCCUCAUGUUUUUGCCAUUGCUGAUAAUUGUUAUUUCAACAUGAAGAGAAAUAAAAGGGAUCAGUGUUGUGUCAUCAGUGGAGAAUCUGGAGCUGGAAAGACUGAAAGCACAAAGUUGAUACUGCAGUUUUUAGCUGCUAUUAGUGGCCAGCAUUCCUGGAUUGAGCAGCAGAUUCUAGAAGCAAAUCCAAUUUUGGAAGCUUUCGGAAAUGCCAAGACAAUUCGUAAUGACAACUCCAGCCGGUUUGGGAAAUACAUUGACAUUCAUUUCAAUCAAAAUGGAGUAAUAGAAGGAGCUCGUAUAGAGCAAUUCCUUCUGGAGAAAUCCCGGGUGUGUCGCCAGGCUCCAGAGGAAAGGAACUAUCAUAUCUUUUACUGCAUGUUAAUGGGGAUGAAUCUGGAACAGAAGAAGAUGUUGAAUCUGGGCACUGCUUCUGAGUAUACGUACCUCACUAUGGGUGAAUGUACUUCCUGUGAAGGCCGUAAUGAUGCCAAGGAAUACGCUCAUAUUCGCUCUGCAAUGAAAAUCUUAAUGUUCGCUGAUUCUGAGCACUGGGAUAUCAGCAAACUUCUGGCAGCCAUUUUGCAUCUAGGGAAUGUAGAGUUUGAAGCGGUUGUUUAUGACAACUUGGACUGCUCUGCUGUUCUGGAUUCUGCACACUUUUCCAUUGCAACCAAACUGCUUGAGGUGGAUGCUGGGGAACUGCACAAUAGCCUUACGAACCACUCCAUCAUAAUCCGAGGGGAGAGUGUCUCCAUGCCCCUAAGUGUGGCCCAAGCUGCUGGUGUGAGAGAUGCCUUUGUGAAGGGGAUCUAUGGCCUCCUCUUCCUUUGGAUAGUAAACAAGAUCAAUGCUGCAAUUUACAACCCACCUUCUCCAGAUCAUAAAAACACCCACAGGUCCAUUGGAUUGCUGGAUAUCUUUGGCUUUGAAAAUUUUAACACCAACAGUUUUGAGCAGUUGUGCAUCAACUUUGCUAAUGAGCAUCUGCAGCAGUUCUUUGUACUCCACAUCUUCAAGCUAGAGCAAGAGGAAUACAUGGCUGAGCACAUCAGCUGGACUCACAUUGACUUCACAGAUAACAGUUCAGCUUUGGAAGUGAUUGCACUCAAACCCAUGAAUAUUGUAUCUCUCAUUGAUGAGGAAAGCAGGUUUCCUAAGGGAACAGAUACAACCAUGUUAAACAAAAUCAACAUGCAUCAUGGCAGAAGUAAAAUCUACAUCCCCCCAAAGAAUGUCCAUGACACAGUCUUCGGUAUCAACCAUUUUGCUGGUGUUAUAUAUUACCAGUCAAAAGGUUUUCUUGAAAAAAAUCGUGACAUGCUUAGCUCAGACAUAAUGCAGUUGGUGCAUUCAUCCAAAAACAAAUUCCUCAGACAGAUCUUCCAGGUGGACACAACCAUGAAUCUGAUGCCUUUUGGUCGGGGAAGCGUCCGGCAUCUUGGGGUGGACCCCUUCAAGUCCUUGUCCAGGUGUGGUUUUGUGCCGUCCAGGACAUCUCCACCUGCUUUUGGUCAGGGAUCAGACACCACCAAACGCCUGUCUACACUGGGAGGUCAGUUCAAACAGUCCCUGGAGCAGUUGAUGAAAAUCCUAGGCAGCUGCCAGCCAUAUUUUAUCCGCUGUCUCAAACCCAAUGACCACAAGAAGCCUAUGCAAUUUGAUCGAGAGCUCUGCAUUCGUCAACUACGCUACUCUGGGAUGAUGGAAACCAUUCGGAUUAGGAAAGCUGGUUACCCGAUUAGAUAUAGUUUUGCAGAUUUCUUUGAAAGAUACAAAAUUCUGCAACCAGUGUCAGCUCGAGAACAGUUAAAGAAUGAUGUUCGCCAGUGCUGCAUUUCUGUCUGUGAAAGAGUGAUAGGAAAAGGAGACGAGUGGAAAAUUGGGAAAACAAAGAUUUUCCUGAAAGAUCAUCAUGAUACAGUGUUGGAGGUACAACGAGAGAAAGCACUCAGAGAGAAAGCAAUUCUAAUUCAGAAAGUGAUGAGGGGAUUCAAAGACAGGAAAUGUUUUCUUAAGCAGAGACGUUGUGCUGUAAUUAUUCAGACUGCCUGGAGGGGCUAUUGCUGCCGGAAGAACUUCAAGAUGAUCUUGUUGGGUUUUGAGCGUCUACAAGCCCUUUUUCGGAGCAGACAACUCAUGAAGCAGUAUGAGGCAGCCCGAGCAAGUGUGAUAAAGUUCCAAGCCUUGUGUCGAGGUUUCCUGAUGCGCCAGAAAGCAGCUGAGCAAAUGAAAGCUGUGUGUGUGAUACAAGCAUAUGCCAGGGGAAUGUUUGCUCGCAGAAGUUUCCAGAGAAUGAAGAGAGAGCAACACAAACUGGAAGCCAGAAGACUACACUUAAAGGAUGAUAAAUACCUUGCUCCAAUACUUAGAGAAAAGAAGGUAAUGAAGGCAUCUCAUACAAUAGAAAGAGAGUCUCCAGCUGUCCCAGAACCAAAGGGCUAUGUCGAGAAGCUAAAGAAACAAGAUGUUGUAAACGAUGAGCACGAGUAUGAUGCCAUCAGUGACCAGGAAAUGGUGGACAGAGUGUUUGGUUUCUUACCCUCAUUGAUUGGAGGGCAGGAAGGGCAGGCUCCCCUUGGCUUUGAGGAUCUGGAGGCAAAAACACAGAAGCAGAAGCUGAAUGAGGUGGACCUGGAUGCUAUCCCCAUGAUCAUGGAGCUGGAGGAGGAGGAAGAGACUGAUGAUCAAGCAGAAUACACAUUUCCCAAAUUUGCAGCCACUUACUUCCAGGGAUCCGCCACACAUACUUUUAGUCGACGGCCACUACGUCACCCAUUGCUCUACCAUGAUGAAAAGGACGAUAUUCUGAUAUCUUUUGCUAUAUGGACCACCAUCUUGCAAUUCAUGGGUGAUUUGCCAGAAUCAGUAAAGAAUACCAGCAGCAAAAGCACCUCUGAGGUGACACAGGUUUAUGAUAGCUUUGGAAGGAAGAGCCACCUGCAGCCUUCAGGCAGCUACAGUCCCGAUCUGGUGGAUAACAGAAAAGACAGCAAGUUCGCCAAAGUAAUUUCAUCUGUGAAGUUAAAACAGAAUUCCAAGAUGACAGGAAAGGUGGCAAUCCAAAUGACUAAUGGGGAAGAUACGUUUCGAGAGGAGAGUUCUGCAUCAGAGGGGCCUACGUCCAACCUUGAAAAAGUGCACUUUAUUAUUAACAAUGCUAUUCACCAUCCUGAUAUCAGAGAUGAGAUUUACUGCCAGAUUUGCAAACAACUCACUGAGAAUAACAAAAAACAAAGUCGCAAUAGAGGUUGGAUCCUCCUGGCACUCUGUCUUGGUUCUUUCUCUCCUUCAGAAAAGUUUGAGAAGUACCUGCAGAAUUUCAUCAGGUCUGGUCCAUCGUUGAACGCAUUGUAUUGUCAGGAGAGACUGAGACGAACGUUAAUGAAUGGAACACGUUCUGAACCACCCAGUUGGUUGGAGCUGCAGGCUGCAUUGAGGAAGAAGCCGAUUGUCUUGAGUGUGACCUUGAUGAAUGGCAACAGCAUCACAGUUUUAGCAGAUUCAGCCUCCACUGCAAAAGAGAUCUGCCAGAUGGUAGCUGAUAAAAUGCAGCUGAAGGAUACAUUUGGUUUCUCUCUCUACAUUGCUUUGUAUGACAAGUAUUCGUCACUAGGCAGUGGACGGGAACAUAUCAUGGAUGCCAUUUCCCAGUGUGAACAGCAGCAGAGGGAGAAGGGCGGCCAUGAACGCCACACUCCCUGGCGUUUCUACUUCAGGAAGGAGAUCUUCACUCCUUGGCACAACUCUAAAGAAGAUCCUGUCAGCACUGAGCUUAUCUAUCAUCAAAUCAUCCGUGGCAUCCGGUAUGGGGAGUACCGCUGUGAAAAGGAAGAGGACUUGGUGGAGAUAGGAGCCAAAUAUUGUUAUGUUCAGUUUGGAGAGUCCAUCCAGAAUGAGCUGGUUUUAAAGAUACUGCAGGAAUGUAUUCCAGCAAAGCAGCUGAAGUCCAAAUCCCAAGAAAAGUGGGUGAGCCUCAUCACAUAUGCUCAUGCUAAGGCUCUUUAUACACAGGACCGUCUCUCCCCUCAGAGUGUGAAGGAGCAGGUGGUGGAUUUUGCCCGUUUUCAGUGGCCUCUACUCUUUUCUCGGUUCUUUGAGGUCACCAAAUUUUCAGGGCCGAGCUUGCCGAAGAACAAUUUCAUAGUGGCAGUUUAUUGUAAAGGUAUAUGCUUCCUUGAUGACUCAGAAAAGAGACUUCUAGAUUUGUCUUUUCCAGAAAUUACUGGCAUCCACACCAGUAGGGCAAUCAAAACGUUUGGACAAAGUUGCACUCUCACCACAUUACGUGCAGAGGAAUUUGUGCUGACCUCCGUCAACAGUGUUGUCAUUGCAGAUCUGAUAGUCAAGUUUCUAGAUGAACUGAAAAAGAGGUCGCAGUAUGCUGUGGCAAUAAUAGAGAAUAAGCCUCAAGAUGAUCCUACAAUUCUGGCUUUUAAGAAAGGGGAUUUGUUGAUUUUGACCCAGGACAAAAGCCAAGGAGAAACUCAAGAUUGGAUCUAUGCUCAGAAUGAGCGAACAGAUAAAUUUGGGCUUGUGUCACGAGAGGCAAUCUAUGUCAUCCCUACUGUUACAAAACCUUCUAGCCAAAUACUGAGCUUAUUGAUGAUGUCACCCGAACAACGAAGGUUGGCAUCACUGAACUCUCGUACAGAGGAAACUGAGGAAGAGGAAGCGAAAGUGAAGCCUUAUACUCUUGAAGAAUUCUCCUAUGAACACUUCAGAGUUCCUGAGAAGGAGUCCAUCAGCAAAGCUGUCUUGCACAAGUCUCGAGGACGGAGCCAACUGUGGGCUCACUCUCGGGAGCCUCUGAAGCAGCCCUUAUUGAAGAAAGUGUGCACCAACCUAGACCUCUGGGACUUUGCUUGCCAGAGCUUCAUUGCCAUCAUGAGAUACAUGGGAGACUAUCCUUCUAAACAAGAAAGAUCCCCUAUGGAGCUCACUGACCAGAUAUUUGUAGCAGCGAUCCAGGAGGAACUUCUGCGUGAUGAAAUCUACUGUCAGAUCAUGAAACAGCUGACAGAGAACAACAACAGGUACAGUCUGAACAGUGGUUGGCAGUUACUAUGGCUCUGCACAGGCCUUUUCCCUCCUAGUAAGCCAUUGCUGAAUCACGCUCAGAAGUUCAUGGAGACUCGUCAGAAGGAAAAACUGGCUUCAGACUGCAGGCGUCGGAUCCAAAGAGUGAUGAGAAGUGGUUGUCGAAAGUGGGCCCCACACAGUGUGGAAGUAGAGGCAAUUCAGAGGAAUAUCACAAAGAUCCCUCAGAAGGUUUACUUUCCCAAUGGUACAGAGCAGGUGUUUGAGAUAGGAACAAAUGCAAAGGUACGAUCUCUGUAUCAAACUAUUGCCAGCAAGAUGGAGCUGAAUUACCCAGAAGGAUUCAGCCUCUUUGUGAAGAUAGCAGACAAGGUGAUCAGUCAGAAUGAGGCAGAUUACUUUUUUGACUCCUUGAGGCAGGUGUCGGAUUGGACACGGAAGAACAGACCAGGCAAAGAAGUGGUUCCCAUCACUACAAAUUACCAGAUACUUUUUAUGAGGAAGUUAUGGUUAAAUGUGGUUCCUGGGAAGGACCUGAAGGCUGACUGCAUCUUCCAUUACCAUCAGGAACUGCCAAAAUACCUGCGAGGCUAUCACAAUUGCUCCAAAGAGGAUGCCAUCCAGUUAGCAGGGCUGAUUUUCAAAGUUUAUGCUAACAAUGAUAAAACGCACUAUGCAGCUAUUCCAAAAAUUCUGAAGGAACUAGUGCCUGAGAACAUGAUCCGAACAGCAUCUCCAGAGGAAUGGAGACGGAAUAUUAUUUCUGCCACCAAUAAACAUGAACAGAAAAGUGUGGACGAGGCCAAGAUUGCCUUCUUGAAGUACAUAUAUCGUUGGCCAACAUUUGGCUCGGCCUUCUUUGAAGUAAAGCAAACCUCAGAACCAAAUUUCCCUGACAUUGUAUUGAUUGCUAUCAACAAACAAGGAGUUUCUGUCAUACAUCCCAAGACUAAGGAAAUCUUAAUGGUUUACUCCUUCACUAAAAUCUCCAACUGGAGCAGUGGCAGCACCUACUUUCACAUGACUAUAGGGAACCUGGUACGAGGGAGUCGCAUCCUUUGUGAGACAUCUCUGGGAUACAAAAUGGAUGACUUGUUAACGUCAUAUGUGCAGCUGCUCAUGAAUGCUGUAAACAAACAGAAGAAUCCCAAAUUCUGAGGAUCACAGUACCCCAUCCUGUAUUGGCCAUCCCUCAUUGACAAUAUUUGGUAUCCUGGAAGAAAUUCAUUUUAACUGACUCUCUUAAUGACCCUAGAAGCCGUGUGUUUGCUGUUCUAAACAUACGCUGACUACAGUAUAAUAAUUGCUGGCUCAGUGAGCAACAUAUCUUGAUUUUGUUUCAAAAUCUCAUUCUUCUUCCCCUUCUCUGGCCCAUUAAUGGCAAGCUCCUUUAUUGGACCCCAGAAUUAGAAUUAGAAUUAUGCUGUCCUUCAUAAUGAGCUGAGGAGUGAAGCAGAGUCUCAUUAUGGUAUUUCUUUUGAAUAUCAUUUACAGUACAGUCAGUCUCCAGGUUACGAACAUGAUAGGUUCUGUAUGUUUGUUGAAUUUAUAUGUAAAUUGGAACAGGUACACUUUUAAUUUUGGAUAGCAUAGGGAAAGGUUAACACCCAUGUGAUGUUUGCUUUGCUGUCUGUGCCCCUGUUCAGAAGAUUUCACCUCACUUUCUGUCUCUAUGACAAUCAGAUUUUGAAAAUUGUGGGUUAUCGUGGAAACAAGGAUUGGUGAUAAAGUUUCAGUGCAGAUAUUUUUUCCUCAUGAUAAGUCUUUCAGGAGUGAAUUUCCCUUCCUAGAGUAGAUUUCUCUCACUUCCUGUUGUUUCACUCCUAUUUGUAACUAGGAGUCAUAUAUAAGUUGGAUGUUUGUAACUCGGGGACUGUCUGUACACUAUUAAAAGGUGAUAAUGUUACCUUUUAAGGGCUGAAGAUGAUAUUCUAAGAAAGUCACCUCUUCUCAAGUUGAAGAAGGUCCAGGCUAUUGCUCUGUGAAUGUUGUCUACCUCAGGCGUAUGAAACAC